CGUGGCACAUGUGAUCGAUGUUGUCAAAAUCAGCUGGUUUUAUUGAGGUCUUGUUGACGCUGAAAAAAAAGUGUUGUUGUUUGCACGUGCAUUGUGAUUGAGAAGUUGUAAGAAAAGGGAGUGAUAACAAAACUGUUUUUCCUCGUUGAACGAGAGCAUCGCAGAUUGGGCGGAAAGACGAGUGAUAAAAAGUUGUCGCUUGGUAACAGGCUCGUCUCGCCGUUCGCCACGGCACAGGAUAUCUCACGUCUCAACUCUACACAAUGGCACAACCAGUUCUCGCUGCAUGUGGCCUGCAAAACGAACACCUUCCGCGUCUCACCUUGCUCAAGCAGGACUCCGGGGUGGACGGGAGCUUCCUGAUCGCCGCCAUCUUGGGGCAUCGUCUCAAAGCAUCCAAAGAUCAUCAUGUACUCCUGAUCGCUACCCACCACACCUAUCACCACUACAGUUCGGCCUGCAUGAAGGUGGGCUUUAAUCUGGGCCCGGCACGUGACUCCGGACAGCUACAAAUCCUGGACGUCGCCGCCGAACUGUUCCACAACUAUCCGAACUGCUUUCCUAGCUUGGAUGACAUUGCCCACCGAGUUGGCACUUUCCUGAAAACGCAUCCCGGCCGAACGAUCCUGGUGGAUGAUCUGACCUACUUCCUCAAUUUCGAUCACUCGGAAGCGCAGUUGAUCGACUUUGUCGAGCAGUUUGCGGCGACGGAAGAUCGCCACCACUCGCUGGUGAUCAAGUUGAACACGGCCGAUCUGUGGGCCACGCUGUGCGCCAAUUUGGACGAUAUGGCCCAGGUGGAGAUCGGACUGCAACGAUUGGCGUCCGGGCAGUUUCGGGAAGUGGAUGGACGGUUGGUUGUUAGUCGGUACCCAGCGGAAGAGGAUGGCGAGCAGGAUCUGAUAAAGGUAAAGAAGGUCGACAAAUCGGUACUGUACAAGGUGAACGAGAGGAACAUCAAGGUUUUCGUACCGGGAGAGGUUGGUAUCAAGAAUUUGUAGAAUGAUCAUUAUAUGUUGUAAGACGAUA